AAUGGUCCAUGAUAACUUUGAAAAUGUCUCCAAAAGUGGAUUAUGUUGCAAUCCCGGAUUUUCCGGAAGAAGCUUUAGAAACUUGGGGUCUCGUUCUUUACAGAGAAACAAAUGUUAUCAAUAAAGAACCACCGUUAUUAGGCAUGACGCAUAACAUAAUGAAAAUAAUCCGCUUAAUAGCACAUAAUAUAGCACACGAAUCUGUCGAUAAUUUAUUACCGUGGUUAAAUGAAGGAUUUUCUAGGUUCUUAGAACUUUUUAUCAUUGAUGAGAACUUCAAAUUUUGUCGAAUGAUGGACUUGUUCGUAGUGCAAGAUCAACACGACUCUUUUCGUUUAAAUUCCUAUUUCUAUAAAGCCUCUUACAAAAUUACAAUUGUCUGAAAUCAUUCACUUCCUCCUUCUCUUCGUUAUCA